GUGGAAAUUUGGGUCAGCGGUAGGCGGCGCUAUAUCAUAAAGCAAGAUGGCGGCCUCCAUGGGAAUUUAUUUCGGAGGUUCCACCACGUGUUUGGCAAUAAGUAAAGAUGGAAAGACUGAUGUGGUAGCCAACGAUGCUGGGGACAGAGUGACACCUGCCAUAGUUGCAUACAACGGAAAUGACAAGGAUGUUGGUUUAUCAGCCAAACAGGGUAAAAUACGGAAUGCAGUCAACACAAUCAGCAAUGUCAAGCACACCCUGGGAAGAAGAAUUGAAGACGCCGUCGUGAAACAGAAGAUUCGAGAUGGCCCAACCAAGAUCAUUGACAAGAAUGGCUACCCUUUGUAUCAGGUGGAUUACAAAGACAAGCAGACAUACGUUACGCCGAAGACUGUUGCCACACUCGUCUUCAAAAAGUUAAAAGGGAUUGCAUCCCAUCAAGGAGGAAGCGGAGACAAUAAGAACGUCGUUCUGACAGCGCCAUUACAGUACACUGAACAACAGCGCAGUGCAUUACGAGAGGCAGCCAUUGAGGCAGGGUUCAACAUUCUUAGAAUCAUCAGUGAGCCGAGUGCAGCUGCCCUUGCUUACGGCGUGUGUGACACAAAGACUGCAGAGAAAAGCAAUGUGCUUGUCUAUCGAUUGGGCGGCACCAGCCUGAGCGUGACUGUCCUGCAGGUCAGUAACGGCAUGCUGCGUGUGAUGGCAUCUGAGACAGAUCUCAGCUUGGGAGGGGACACCUUCACGUCACUGCUCGCCCAGAGCUGCGCCUCAGAUUUCAAUAGGACAUGGAAAUGCAACCUAUCAGAGAGUAGCCGAGCGAUGAACAAGCUGCAGAGUGCAUGUGAGGAAAGCAAACACGUCUUGUCUACGUUACCAUCAGCCAAAUGCUCCAUUGAUUCCCUGUAUGAGGGCAUUGACUACCACACUAACAUAUCAAGAGUAAAGUUUGAGUCACUCAUCAGCAACAAAGCCCAACAGAGCAUAGAGCUCCUCAAGAGAGUCAUCUCGGCAGCGCAUAUGGCACCAGAACAUAUAAACAAGGUUUUGUUAGUUGGUGGUUCAACGCGCAUCCCCAAGCUUCAGCAGAUGAUCCGAGAUGUCCUGCCCAAGGCCCAGAUGCUGGACUCCAUCAGUCCUGAUGAAGUCAUUGCACUAGGAGCUGCUAAAGAGGCAGCUCUGCUAAGUAGUCGAGAUGACAGUAUACAACUGACUGAAGCAGACAUCAAUGCGAGCUGUUGCACUAAGGCCAUAGCCCUCAAGGUCUUAGAUCCGUCCGAAGAGGCCAACCUAGAAAUUGUCAUUCCCCAGUAUUCGUACUUGCCAAUACGUCGGCAGUACGACUUCAACGUCGGCAAAGACCAGACGUCGGUCUGUAUUCAGAUCUACGAGACACAUGACGGCGCUUCCAUUGAAGAGUCAACUCUACUGGCACAGAUUGUAAUUGAUGGACUAGAGACAGAGUCAGAGGAAGAAUUCCAUGUGACAUCAGUCUUCCAUUACAGACGAGAUGGCUCACUACAUAUCACCUGCUGUGAAGACGUAACAGGGAAAACAAAAGAUGUCUUGAUUGCAAGUAGCCAAUCGGAUGCUGUCUUAGAUGACCAGAAGGAUGCAUGAA